AAGUACAAACAGUUUUAUAUGUAAUAUAAUUCAGACGUAUCUAACAGCGACGUGUAUGGGGAUUUAUAGUUCAUUUUACCUAUUCAAAACGUGUGAGACAGUGGUACUAAGUUGAGCGCUGGAGCCGCUAUAGCAGACGCAAAAAAAGAAUUGCACAAUAAAAAAGCGAUAUUAGUCAUUUAUUUUGAAAAAAUAUAUUGCAAGCAAAAUGUCCACGAAAACUUCGCUCACCGCAAAAGAAGUGCGUUCGGCGUACAUUGAUUUCUUCAAACAACGCCAACACAUUUACGUUCAUUCAUCGUCAACCAUCCCAUUGGAUGAUCCAACUUUGUUGUUCGCCAAUGCUGGUAUGAAUCAAUUCAAGCCGAUUUUCUUGGGAACGGUCGAUCCAAACAGUGACAUGUCGAAAUGGGUUCGUGUUGCUAACACACAAAAAUGUAUUCGUGCUGGUGGCAAACACAACGAUCUCGAUGAUGUCGGCAAAGAUGUGUACCAUCACACAUUCUUCGAAAUGUUGGGCAAUUGGUCGUUUGGUGACUAUUUCAAAAAGGAAGUUACUGCCUGGGCUUGGGAAUUCUUGACCGUAGUUUUGGAAUUGCCAACGGAUCGUUUGUACGUGACAUACUUUGGUGGUGAUGAAAAGGCUGGCCUACAACCCGAUUUGGAGUGCAAACAAUUCUGGUUGGAUUUGGGUGUGAAAUCAGAGCAUGUGUUGCCAGGUAGCAUGAAAGAUAAUUUCUGGGAAAUGGGAGAAACUGGUCCGUGUGGCCCAUGCAGCGAAUUGCACUACGAUCGUAUCGGUGGUCGUAGUGUUCCAGAAAAGGUCAACAUGGAUGACCCAGAUGUGUUGGAAAUCUGGAAUUUGGUGUUUAUUCAAUACAACCGUGAACCGGAUGGCUCAUUGAAACCAUUGCCAAAAAAACACAUCGAUUGCGGAUGUGGUUUCGAGCGUUUAGUAUCCGUUAUUCAAGAUAAACGAUCAAAUUAUGACACCGAUUUGUUUGUUCCACUUUUCGAGGUAAUUGAAAAGGGAACCGGAGCACCAUCAUACCAAGGACGUGUUGGAGCUGAAGAUGUUGAUGGAAUCGAUAUGGCUUAUCGUGUCAUCGCCGAUCAUGCACGUACCAUUGUCAUUGCCCUCUCCGACGGUGGCUACCCUGAUAAUACUGGCCGUGGCUACGUGUUGCGCCGUAUCUUGCGUCGUGCUGUUCGAUAUGCAACGGAAAAACUGAACGCUAAACCAGGUUUCUUUGCCAGUUUAGUUCACACUGUCAUCUUUUUGUUGGGCGAUGCUUUUCCGGAGGUUAAGAAAGAUCCACAACACGUGAUUGAUAUCAUCAAUGAAGAAGAACAACAGUUCUUGAAGACACUCAACCGUGGUCGCAACUUGUUGAACCGAACCAUUGAGCGAUUGGGCGAUUCAAAGGAAAUUCCCGGAGAUGUUGCAUGGCGUUUGUAUGAUACUUACGGUUUUCCAAUCGAUUUGACCACUUUGAUGGCCGAAGAGAAAGGCCUUUCCAUCGAUAUGGAAGGCUAUGCAGCAGCUAAAGAAAGAUCGUACAUUCUGUCGCAAGGUAAAGCCGGCGCACAAGCCGAUGUCAUCAAUCUUGAUGUGCAUCAAAUUUCCGAAUUGCAAGAGAAAGGCAUUCCAUCGACCAACGAUUCAAUUAAAUACAAAUACACAUCGGGCGGCGAGAAAGAAGCCGAAUACAAGUUCGAAGGAUGCGCUGGUAAAAUCGUUGCCAUUGUGAACGCUGAAAAAAAAUUGGUCGACAAGGUGACAUCGGGCGAACAUUGUGGAUUGGUUUUGGAUCAAACCAAUUUCUAUGCCGAAAGUGGUGGUCAAAUCUACGAUCAAGGCGCUCUGGUCAAAAUUGGCGCUGAAGAUAAUGAAUUCCUUGUUGAUCGUGUGUACAACCGAGGUGGAUACAUAUUGCACAUUGGUGUCGUUGAAGGCGAAUUAAAAGUUGGCGAUAAGGUUGAUUGUCAAUUCGAUCAAGUACGUCGACGAAACACGAUGAACAACCAUUCAGCCACCCACUUGCUCAAUCAUUGCUUACUCAGCGUGCUUGGCCAUGAUACGGAUCAAAAGGGUUCACUCGUCGUGCCAGAAAAACUGCGUUUCGAUUUCAGCAACAAAAGUGCAUUGACCACCAAACAAAUUGCUGCCGUCGAAAGCAAAGCUCAAGAAGUGAUCAAGAAUAAUGUGAAAAUCUAUGCGAAAGAAUCGAAAUUGAGCGUUGCCAAAUCGAUUCGUGGUCUUCGUUCCGUAUUCGACGAAGUGUACCCAGAUCCAGUUCGUGUGAUUGCAUUUGGAACAUCCGUCGAAGAGCUGGAGAACAAUCCAAACGGUGAGGCCGGUGAAAAAACCUCCGUUGAAUUCUGUGGUGGCACUCAUUUGCAACAAUCGGGUCAUAUUCUUGAUUUUGUCAUCACAACCGAAGAAGCCAUUUCGAAGGGUGUCCGUCGUAUCGUCGCAUUGACUGGACCUGAGGCUGCCAAAGCACUCAAGAAAACCGAAUACCUUGAAAAUGAGAUCAACAAAGUGAAGUCGACGAUUGCUGACGAUAAAGAUGGCAAAGAUUCAAAGGAUCAUAUCAAAAAGAUCAUCGAAUUGGGUGAGGAUGUUUCAAAGGCUACAAUUCCAUACGUGAAAAAAGAUGAAUUGCGUACCACUUUGAAUGGCCUUAAAAAAGCAUUGGAUGACAAGGAUCGUGCAGCCAAGGCAGCCGUUGCAACGCAAAUCGCUGAACAGGCUAAGGAACUCAUUUCGGCAUCGCUAAAUGUUCCAUACAUCGUCCAUAAAUUCGAAGCAUUCAACAACACGAAAGCCCUCGACACCGCACUGAAACAAAUCAAAACAUUGAGCCCAGAAACGUCUGCACUAUUCGUUACCGUUGAUCCGGAUUCGAAGAAGAUCUUCUGCUUGAGCGCAGUAUCAAAAUCGGGCGUUGAAAAGGGAUUGAAAGCCAACGAAUGGGUUAAUCAUGUUUCGACUGUCAUGGGCGGCAAAGGUGGUGGCAAAGCCGAAUCUGCACAGGCAUCCGGUCCAAACUAUGACCAAGCCGAUGAAGUUUUGGGAUUGGCCAAGAAAUUUGCUGCCUCAAAACUUGAUUAAAUCACAUUUUUUGAACAUUUUUCAGAACACAAUCUCUGUUCGUGGAUGAAAAACAAAAACUAGUGAACGAAGCAUUUCAAUCCAUAUUGCUCGCAUUUUGGUUUAGGAUACAUUUAUUCUGUGCUAUUUCAUUUGAUAUCAUUUUUACAUGCAAUAAAAAUUUACAAUGAAAA